ACGGCAUCACAACUGGAAUAGGGGAAUUUGCCAAUGUAACACUUGAACCAGGAGAGCUCGUUGAACUACAAGAAAAUAUCAUCAGAUCUCAUGCAUCUGGCGUCGGACAUCCUCUCAGUCCAGAGAGAACACGCAUGCUGUUGGCACUUCGGAUUAAUAUCCUAUCAAAGGGACAUUCCGGCAUCUCACCCGAAACUUUGCACCAGUUUAUUGAUGCAUUUAAUGCAUCCUGUUUGCCUUGGGUUCCAUACAAGGGCACUGUAGGUGCCAGUGGAGAUCUUACCCCCAUGGCUCACCUUGCUCUUGGUAUGAUGGGGGAGGGAAAAAUGUGGAGUCCUGAGACUAAAUGGGGUGAAGCCGGACAAGUCCUUAAAGCUCACAACUUGAAACCAAUACAACUAACCGCAAAGGAGGGUGUGGCUCUCAUCAACGGUGCUCAACUCAUUACAACUCUUGGAGCAGAAGCUGUUGAAAGGGCAUCAUCCAUUGCAAGACAGGCAGAUAUUGUAGCUGCGUUAACCAUGGAGGUCCUGAAAGGCAAUCCAACAGCCUUUGAUAGUGCCAUCCACGCGGCCCGUCCCCACAAAGGCCAGAUUGAGGUAGCCCGUCGAUUCCGCUCGGUACUCCCAUCGGAGAUGCAUCCCUCAGAAAUUGCGACUGAUCAUAGGAAAAGGGUCAAGUUUCUCGCCCAGGAUGCGUACACCAUCAGAUGCUGCCCCCAGGUGCACGGGAUCGUUAAUGAUACAAUUGAGUUUGUCAGGAGCACCCUCACCACAGAGAUGAACAGCGCCACAGAUAAUCCUCUAGUAUUUCCGGAUCGCAAUGAGAUCAUUUCGGCUGGAAACUUCCAUGGAGAGUACCCUGCCAAGGUCUUGGAUUAUUUGGCGAUUGGAAUCCACGAGUUGGCAAACAUCAGUGAAAGGAGACUAGAAAGGCUAAUGAACCCAGCGUACAGCAAUAGAAGCUUACCAGAAAACCCUUACUAUGAUGAAACACCGAAGAUGCCAGCUUUCUUGGUCAGCAAAGGAGGUCUCAACUCGGGGUUUAUGAUAGCACAUUGCACGUCAGCUGCUCUUGUCUCCGAGAACAAGGUUUUGUGUCACCCAGCGUCUGUGGACUCCUUAUCGACCAGUGCUGGACAAGAGGACCAUGUCAGUAUGGGAGGCUUCUCCGCCAGGAAAGCACUUAGAGUGGUCGAGCAUGUUGAACAGGCACUUGCCAUAGAGUUGCUCGCAGCCUGCCAAGCAAUGGAAUUUCAAAAUAAACGGAAGACAACCGCUCCUCUACAGAAAGUGUACGAGUUGGUCAGGACAGUAGCAAAACCAUGGGACAAGGAUCGUUAUAUGGCCCCUGACAUUGAUGAGGUGACAAAACUUCUGCAGGAGGAAAAGAUUUGGCAUGCUGUAAAGCCUUACAUGGACACUUAUCGUUCACAUCAGCUUUGAAACUCGUGCCAACUGCUGUCGAGAGAUACCGGUAGCGGAUGAGCCGGCCCAACGUCUACACCAUACAACCCUUGAAUAUGACGAAACGGGAGAUGUUUAAGUAUAUAGGCCUACAUAUGCUAAAUUGUUAGUUGUUUUCGAGGACUAGGAUACAGAUCCAUAAUUCUGAUUGGGAACAACGUUUUUGGAAAGGCGUCCACGCUUUGAACACUUUGCUGCAACAGCUUUCGAAAUAACCACAUUUAAGUAAUUAAUGUAAUGCAGUGGGUAAUUUAAUUUUCCAAAUUGUAUAUAUCUGACAUUCCGGUCUGACCCUCCAAUCUGAGAAAACUUACACCAAAAAUUAAUCCCAGUUUUGUGAUCUAUAACUGAUAUUGCUGAAGUUGUGCAAAAUUUGUGAUUUAUAUCUAAAUGUAAGCUUACAAGGACAAUACAUCUUCAAGAAUCAUUGACGAUCCCACUAAGCGAAUCUACUGAUGUUGUUCCCGUAAUUGCAAAGUUAUAAACAUCAUUAUCUCACAGUAGUUUUGUCAGAUUCAUGUUAGUUGGCUUUUAUGUAUUUGGUUUUUAUAUUGGCAAUCUAGAUUUGGUGAGGUGUGUAUUAUUUUAACAGUUGUGUAAGCUAGAGCAGGUCUAGACCUAAACCUGGAUUAUUUGUACCUUACGUACCUGAUAGACUGUGAUUAUAAAAUUAAAUGUAUAGUUUAGUAUUCAGCUUACUUAAAGUUAAGUUUGGUAAACUAACAUGGUUGCCAAAUUAGAGUAAGGCCACAAUUUUUUAUUUGUUGAAUUACGAAUCUGCCGGGGGUCAUUUUCUUGAAAGUGGAAAAAAAUUAAAGUCCUGACCACCGUUUUCGACACACUUUUUUUUCUCCCCGACCAUAAAACAGAGAGAAUUGAAAAGUUUUCCCGACGACAAAUUUCAACCAAUUUUUAUUUUUGGAGUCCCCUUGUAUGAUCCGAGACUAAAAUUGAUGUUUUUAUUUUUAUUUUUAUCUAUAGGUUGAACACCAUUAAUUUAAAAGACGAUUUCAGACUCGGCGAAACUAUUUUAUUCGAACAUUACUACGGAAUUUGCAAUUAUUUUUGGGUACUUUUGAAACAUUAUAAAAAAAGCCUCGCUAAGUACUGUAUGAAUAUAGCCUUCUGUUUUAGAUCGAAUAAAGCUUUUUUAACAAAUACGAAAG